AUGUUGACGGACAACGUCGAUGCCAACGAACUGAUCGCACCACUUCUCUUUAUCGGCCGACAUUCCGAAGCCGGGUGUCUGAAUCAUGUUGCCGUGACAAAAAGGUUUUCCUUCAAAGAUACGGUUACCGAAUUAAGCGUGCUGGAUGAUGAAUUGACGCGUGUACUGGAAUGUUUGGGUAGCGCACUGUCACCGAUUAUUAUUGCACUGAUCAUCGGGAAUUCAGCGUAUCUCGCCGCGCGGACUUCGUUGUGUUUCAUUGAGGGCGCGGCCGUGGGAAUCACCAAGAUUAUGGAUGUGGUGACGGCGCUAUCUUUUCCGCCACUGCAUCUCGGUUUUUUAUUGUAUUUUGCCGGCAAGCUGCAUGAAACGAGUUCUGACUCAAUCGAUUUGUGGAGGCGGUUAAUAAAAACACGACAACUGAGCAGAACCGAUGGCGAUGUGAAGGAAACGUGGAGUUGGUGGGAAGAAGACGCCUGCUUGCUGGUGCGGCUCAAGCUUGCUCAAUUCCGAUCCCAUGCCCUCGUACUUUUCCAGACAGCUGAUUUUAACCGACGAUUCGGCAAUACGCUGGUGACAGUCUUCCUAGGAUUUGUCUGCUUUGUUAUUGAGCGCUCGGAAAACUACAACCCGGUACCUUCGCCGCAAAUCCCACAGCCAGAAGCGAUAAACCAUACAAUAACUGUGAACUCCACCCAAAAUUUAAUUUGA